CUGAACCGUUCCGGAAGUGAGCUCUGGUUCGGUAAGGUUAGUAGGAGUUUCGGGCUUUCGGCGACUCUUCUGUUCUGUGUUUUCUGCAAAAAAGCCCAGAGGAAACGCAGUCUUUUCAUUUUGAAACCCUAGCUGUCAAGGUUUUGAUUUCAUGGAUUCUGGUGAUUCUCCUCGGAUGGAUACGUUGCAGAGGGUAUCUGGUACUGCAGUUGUUCAGAAAGACAUGAGGGAAUGCAUUAAUGAUAUCGAGAAGGCUGGCUUGGACUGGGUACAAGCCAGGGCCGUUGCUAGAGAUCGGAUGUUUAAGGCCAAGAGCAAGAAGAUCGGCCAGUUGUUGAAUGACUCGCGAGACUCUUUGAUCCGUUCGUUACAUGAAACGGUGGAAGCUGACAGAAAGAAAAAGGAUGUUGAUAUUGAAAUGAAAACAGCUCUUCUAAAUCCAGCCGGCUCGGCAAGACAGUCAUGAGCCGGUUCCAGAUGAUAAAUAGUAUGAUGUAUGUUUUUUUUUAUGUUUAGCUCUACUAAAGGAGUGAUAUUAUCUCCGUUGUCCUGUUUGUAUUUGGCAUGAAGCAGACAUGCUGGAUUCCCACCAACUUUUAUGAUUAAAAUGAAGAAGAGUUAGUAGUUA